UUCUCUCUCGCUUCAACUUUGACUCUCACUACGUCUCUCUCUCUCUCCCUCUUUUAAACCUUCCCUCUCCCUUUUAUUUUUAUUUUUUAACUCAUCGAUCAUGCAAGUGAAUGGACCUUGGUUCACUGAACCAGAAACACAGCGCACAGUUAUUUUCCGCGGAAUCAACCUGAGCGGUGGCACUAAACUCCCUGUGGGGGUACCUUCUCAUGAGCCGAAUGGUUUUUGGUUCGAUUACGAUCGCAAGGUAUCUUUUGUCGGCCGACCGUUUCCGCUUGACGAAGCAGAUAUGCACAUGCAACGACUGGUUGACCAUGGAUUCACUUUAUUACGAUUCAUGGUGACUUGGGAAGCCAUCGAGCACGAGGGACCCGGAAUUUACGAUGAAGAUUACCUCGACUAUGUCAUUGAAAUACUCAAAAAAUGCAAAGAGUACGGCUUGAAAGUAUAUUUAAACCCACAUCAGGAUACGUGGUCUCGUCAUUGUGGUGGAUCAGGGCAUCCAGGAUGGACGCAUACACUUGCUGGCUUGAACCCUCAGCGCUUUACAGCAACCAACGCCGCCAUUGUUCACAACGUUCAUCCCGAGCCUGAGAAAUUUCCCAAGAUGAUAUGGAACACCAAUUACCAAAAGCUUGCUGCCGCGACACUAUUCACGCUAUUUUUUGCGGGGAAAACAUAUGCUCCGAAAUGCAUUGUAAACGGCGUCCACGUGCAGGACUAUAUGCAAUCACACUAUAUCCGUGCUUUUACUGAACUCGCACGGCGGGUGCAAGUAAACGACCUGCAGGGACACGUUGUCAUUGGCUAUGAUACCAUGAACGAGCCAGGACAAGGAUACAUUGGAUGGCCAGAUAUUACGGGACGACCGGCCGAAGAUGUUGACUUCAAAAAGGGACUGACUCCUACUCCAUUUGAAGGCAUGAUGUUGGGCACUGGCAUCGCCACAGAAGUUGACAAUUGGGUAUUUACGUGGCGUGGACCCAAGCGCGACGGACGUGUGUUGGUCGAUCCACAAGGCGUUCAGGCAUGGCUUUCUACCGAAGAAUUAAAGACUGCAGAUCAAAGUUUCGGUUGGCAGCGGGCAGAUGAUUGGAAACCCGGGUGUAUCUGGGCCAACCACGGGCUCUGGGAUCCAUAUGCUCGGACAGUCAUGCGACCUGACUAUUUUGUAACCACAGAAAGCUAUGCCCACUACUGGCUCAACUUUAUCAAGGACUAUUCUGAUAGCUUGCUGGAGGUCCACCCGGAUGCCAUCUUGUUUGUCCAGCCGCCCAUCAUGGAACAGGCACCCAGCAUGCCGCCUUCGUUGAAAAAGAUGGCUUUGACACCCCAUUGGUAUGAUGGAUUGACACUCGUUAAGAAAAAAUGGUGCAGCUACAAUGUUGACUAUAUCAAUCUCAAACGUGGCAAGUACGGUACCGGUCCUUUACGUUUUGUUCGUGCCUUGCGCCUCGGUGAAAAAGCUAUCCGGCAAUGUUUUGUAGACCAGAUUGAGACGCUCAAGAUGGAAGGUCUAGAAACGCUCGGUUCAUUUCCGUUCAUUAUUGGUGAAAUUGGUAUCCCGUACGACAUGGAGCCGGUCAAGCAAAAAUCCACAGUGACGGGAUGGUUUUCUUGGAUGUUUGUCUGGCUAUUUGGUCGAUUCAUGAAAAGGAGCAAUAGGAAGAGUAGUAACGGCGGAGCCACCAAUAGCAGCUGGUCCUCUAGACGGUCGGUGAUGCUCAAAAACAAGGAUAACGACACGUAUUAUCCUAUGGGCAGUCCAGAAGCACCUCAGAAUAAGGCCAUGGAUGCCAGUAUUCACGCAGCAGAAUGUAACUUGGUCAGUUAUACAUUGUGGAACUAUGUACCCGACAACCAUCCAAGGUGGGGCGAUCUAUGGAAUGGCGAGGAUCUUAGCAUCUGGCAAGGCCGAGACAACGCAGCGGCGAUAGCAUUCAAGGAAGACGUGACAGAUGAUUCUGACACGAGCAGUGAAACGCUACUCCCUGAAACAGCAACAGACGGCAAACUAAGUGCGAUGGCUACUAGCAGCAGCAGCAGUUUUGUUGGCGCAAACGCGGGUGGAGUGAAUGUGCGCGACAUUAUCUCUUUGCACCGUCCACAUGCACACAAAAUUGGGGGCGUACCGCUCUCAGUCGAGUAUGUGUCGCCUACACACAAACAGCGUGCGUCGUUUGUGUUUAGCUAUAGAAGCAGUGCAAAGGUCGAGGGACCUACCGAGAUUUAUGUGCCUAUGGUGCAUUUCCCAUUGCCAGACUCGCCAAUGGAUCCGAGCCAAGUGCAAAUAUCCGGUGGUCGAUGGAAAGCCCAGACCCACAAUGAGAAUUACUGGACCCUUUUAUGGUGGUGCGACGACGAUGAGGCGGAUCAGGAGUUGCAGCUUUUGGGUCAAAACAUUCAAUAAUUGGAAUGUUCGUGCAGCUUGACGUGUGUGUGUGACAGGUUUUGUUGGUCACUGCCACACUAUUGUUACUCCCUCGUAGCAAGCGCAAAAGCUAACCAUGCAGCAUCAUGCAGCAGUGGCAGCAAAUGUACAAUACCACACAAUAUACCGACAUAUACCAUUACUAUUAUUAUCAUCAUCGCUAUCCCCUAUUCUUCUGUUCUUUCGAUCACACUGUUCCCUUUCCCCCUUUUGUCUAUAGAUCCAAACAAACUGUAAUAUGACUCUUUUUCAUUAAUAAACACACAUACAGCAUGAC